CGUUGAUGCGUUGUCGGAGCUUGCCAUUGAGACGGCUAUAGCGGCCAGGCUACCACGGACGGAAGUUCCCGAGGUGGUGAGGGAGCACAUAUUUAAGCCACGUAUUCCGGAGUACUUGUCCCCAGUUCCAAUCUUCACGUUCGACAUACAAGUUCACACCCCCUUGGUAUCCGAGAAAGAAAAAGCAGUCCAUUCAUGUCAAACGUAUUCUUCGACAUUACCAUCGAUUCCCGUCCUGCGGGAAGGCUUGUGAUCCGCCUAUACGAUGAUAUAGUCCCAAGAACUGCGAGGAACUUUCGGGAGCUGGCCACGGGCCAACAUGGAUUCGGAUACGCCGGCUGUAGCUUCCAUCGCAUAAUACCAGGCUUUAUGAUUCAGGCAGGUGACUUUACUGCACACAACGGGACGGGUGGAAAGUCGAUAUAUGGCUUGAAGUUUCGAGACGAGAGUUUUAGAAGAAAACACGACCGACCUGGGCUUUUGUCUAUGGCAAAUGCCGGUCCAAACACUAAUGGUUCUCAGUUUUUCAUCACGACUGUAAAAACUCCUUGGCUGGACGGACGACAUGUGGUGUUCGGAGAAGUUGUAGAAGGUAUGGAUCUUGUGAAGGAGAUCGAAAUGAUAGGUACUGCCAGCGGCGCACCAAAGAAGAAGGUGGAUAUAUCAGCGUCAGGCACAGUUGAGUGAGCCUUCUUUCUUUUUAAUUCUGCUGUUCUGCUUUGCGUUGUUAUUUGUUGUCUUUCUGUUACACCAUAUCUACUUUACAUAAUGCUACUACUGCUGUUCUGUAUUUUCUCGGGCUGUACUCGGUAUUUUUCGCUACUCAUGGGAGCAUGUGCAUCAUCCUUCGAGCUAGUUGCUGAGAUCUGAUCAUUUUUAGGUGUUAGAACAAAAGUGACACUUGGAAACACCAUGGUACAUGUCUCCCGAUCUGAGUUGCUACUAAUCCAAUAAGACU